CAUGCAGUGAACAUGCUUUUAAUUGUCCUUUGAAAAUCCACACAUUUCAACUUUCAAGCAACAAAGAGCUCUCCGAUUUUCGUCUUUCCUUUACCCCCCGUGUUUCCCAACAGCUUCUUCUCUAGCGUGGUGACGUGGACAAAGAAGGAAUAAAUUUGAGACAAAUAUGUCUUACUCAGUCAUCUCUCCAGUCUCCAUCGUUUACUGGUAAUAGAAGAAGACUCAGCAACACCAUUUCCAUUCUCAUCACUGCUCGGUCUCAACCUUUGUAGAUUUCCCAUCUUUCUUUUUAGUUUUCUUUCUCUUUUAGACCUCAAAGAAGGAAAGAGAACAUAAGAGAGUCUUUUUCAGCAUGGUUUAGGUGAUGAAAGGAAAGAAAUGUGGAUUUAUUUGAUUGUUUGAAUGGGUUAUUAGCAAAUUGUUGUUCUUGUGGCUAAUGGGUUUUAAAGUUUGAUUCUUUUGGUUGUUGGUGGUUAUACUUCGUGAUUUUUUUUUUUUUUUAUGUUGGUUGUUUUGCUCUAUGGGUUUUUGAGGUUUUUUGGUUUGCUUCAUGGGUUGUUGAGAUGAUUGGUUAUUUUUCUCUGGUUUGUGGGAUUUGGUAUUGGUUGUUUAACUUUUGGAAUUCAGACUUAAAAGAAGCGAUGGCCGGCCUUUUAAGAAAAAUUAUUCCUGUUGGGAAAUCAUCUCGUAAAGAUGAUGAUGGUGAUGAUGAUAAUAACAUUGAAUACUCAUUUGCUAUUGAGUACCAUGGUCCUCCAGUCGCUUUUGAUGUCCCCAAGGCAGUUCCGGUGGACGUUGACGAACUCCCAACUGCUGCCACUGUCUCAUCUUCCUUUGUUUUGAAAGAUAUUUCAUUGCCAGUUAUCCAACCAAUUGUAAAGACUAAUCCAGUGAACCAAAAACUGUCCAAAGAUAAAAGAUUUGUUUCUGAACCUGGCUCGGCUAAAAAAUCCAAUGAUCGUCCUGGUGUGUCUAAUGAAUCAUCAAUUCUAGUCGAUGCCUUGGAUUCAUCAGGUCAGAGAAUUGCUGGUGGGUGCACGACGACAUUACGUGAUGGAAUAGGAAGUUCUGGCAUUCUGGAAAUUUCUGAUGUUCAUGGUAGUUUGGGUAAAGCAUCAGGAGGGUUGCCAGACUUAGAGCUAACCGAUGAUCCUGAGGAAGGUUUAGGGUUGCAGAAGUAUAUGGAUCCUCCUGAUUCUGAUACAACAGAGUCAGUUUUAAGCUCACCUGCAAUUUCAUCAUCUGAGGUAUUUUCUCAAAAAGGGGAGGAUGGUAACAAUGAGACUCCUUGCCAUGUCAAAAGACCAUCUGUUGUAACUUUCCGUGAUCCUGAAUCAUGUGACAUGCUUCAGGAAGAGUCCAACUAUUCUGAGACAGAAAGCAUCCAUGCUGCACAACCUAUUGAGGAAGGGGAAAAGGGGUCAUGUUAUAGCUGCUUAAAGGGAAACUGGUUUAUAGAAAAGGAGAUUUGUAUUGUCUGUAAUGCUAAGUAUUGUUAUAAGUGUAUACUGAGAGCAAUGGGGUCGAUGCCAGAGGGAAGAAAAUGUGUUACUUGCAUAGGUAAGAAGAUAAAUGAGUCAAGGCGAGGAAGUCUUGGAAGAUGUUCUCGGCUGCUCAAGCGGCUGCUCAAUGAGGUUGCAGUUCAACAGGCAAUGAGUUCUGAGAAGACGUGCAAGGCAAACCAUCUACCAUCUGAGCUGGUUCUUGUGAAUGGAGAGCCACUGAGUCAAGAUGAGUUGCAUGUUUUGCAGACCUGCCAAAACCCACCAAACAAGCUAAAUCCAGGAUACUAUUGGUAUGAUAAAACAUCUGGAUUUUGGGGAAAGGAAGCACAUGGGCCUUGCCAAAUUAUUACUGCCCAGCUAAAUGUUGGAGGUAACAUCAAGGCUAAUGCUAGCAAUGGAAAGGCAAAAAUAGUCAUAAACAAUAGAGAGAUUACUAAAAAAGAGCUAUGGAUGCUGCAGUUGGCAGGAGUUCAUUGUGAAGGAAAACCUAGCUUUUGGCUAAGUGCAGAUGGAUCCUACCAGGAAGAGGGUCAGAAGCAUGUGAAGGGGCCUAUAUGGGACAGGAUCGGAAUUAAGCUUUUUUGUGCUCUGUUGUCUUUGCCGGUUCCCCCUGAUACUGUGAAUCCAGCUGGAGAAGAUGUCAGCCAGAGAACCCUAGAGCAGCAAGCAAUUCAUAAGCUUCUUCUAGUUGGCUAUCAAAAAUCUGGCACAACUACAAUAUAUAAGCAGGCCAGGAUUCUGUAUAAUAUUUCUUUCUCUGAAAAUGAGCGCCAAAAUAUGAAAGUGAUGAUCCAAAGCAAUUUUUAUGGCUAUCUUGCUAUAUUGCUCGAGGGGCGAGAACGGUUUGAAGAAGAAAUCUUACUAGAGAGUAGAAAAAGGGAAAUUGCUGAUGGAUCUGGUUCUUCAGGCAGUGCAAGCCAGAUUGAUGGUAAAACAAAAUAUUCCAUAUCCCCAAGACUGACAGCUUUUUCGGAUUGGCUUGUCCAAGUGAUGGUGUCUGGUAAUUUGGAAGUCAUCUUCCCUGCUGCUACUCGUGAAUAUGCCCCAUUUAUUAGGGAGCUGUGGAAUGAUGCAGCCUUUCAGGCCACAUAUAACCGGAGGCAUGAACUAGAAAUGCUACCUAGAGUUGCUACUUAUUUCCUAGAACGGGCUGUUGAGAUCUCAAUGACAGAUUAUGAGCCCUCUGAAAUGGAUAUCUUGUAUGCUGAGGGAAUUACAUCAUCCAAUGGACUUUCUUGCAUGGAGUUCUCUUUUCCUACUAAAGAACGAGAAAACCCUAUUGAUGGUUAUCAGCAUGAUCCAUCAGCGAGGUACCAACUUAUUAGAUUGCAUCCCAGUAGCCUUGGGGCGAACUGUAAGUGGGUGGAAAUGUUUGAAGACAUCGAUAUUGUCCUGUUUUGCGUCUCCUUGACCGACUAUGAUGAGUUUUCGUUAGACAGUAAUGGAGUUCUCAUAAACAAAAUGGUGGCAAGCAAGCAACUGUUUGAAAGUAUAGUCACCCAUCCAACCUUUGAGCAAAAGGACUUCCUUCUAAUACUCAACAAAGCUGAUCUGCUCGAAGAAAAGAUUGAGCAGGUUCCUCUCACUCGAUGUGAAUGGUUUCAUGACUUCAAUCCAGUUAUGAGCCAUAAUCACCAUAACAACCACUGCAAUAAUAGAAAUAAUCACUCUUCACUACCACAGCGUGCCUUCCAUUAUAUCGCUGUGAAGUUCAAGAGAUUAUUCCAUUGUCUUACUGAUCGUAAGUUGUACGUUUCCAUGGUUACCGGCUUGGAGAAUGAUUCUGUUGAUGAAGCGCUAAGAUACACCAGAGAUAUUCUUAAGUGGGACGACAUUGAAAAUAGCUUCGUUAACAACAACGAGUCGUCUACAGAUAUUGAGGCAAGCUCAACUUCAUGAACCAUAACCCACUUUUUUUUUUCUUUAACAUUAAACAAGGUAAAACCCCACUUGUAAAUAGAUGUAGGAAAAUCAGAUUCAUAGAGCUGAAACAAUGUUGUUUUUUCUGCCACUGCAGAUCCCCUUUUUUUUUUAGUUCCAAAUCAUAGAACUCAAUCAUGACCCAGUGUAUAUAUCUUGUUUUUUGACAAAGAUCCUCAAGUAAAUUUUCUUUAAUCAAUAAUUACUGGAUUCCCUUAAAAUACGUACAGCUUGAAAAUCAGAUAAAAAACAUUGCUUUAAUCACUUUUAAAUCUCCAAUUUUUUUCCUCGAGAAUAAGGUAACAAGAAAUACGAAACCCAUUUGACC